UGUUGGUAUCGAUACAAAACAUGAGUUUUUUUGUCAAACAAGUUUAUUGACGACUUGUUUUGUGAUAAGAUGAAUUGGGAAAGGUAGAAGGAAUGAUAGCAUUUCGAGAUGUGGUUACAUAACUUCUCUCUUUUUCUUCUGUUAUUGCUACAAGCGGAUUCGACGUGUGCAGGCCGCACGAAAGACCAAAUUCCAAGAAGGACAAAUAUUAUCAUUGUUGUCGAUGUUAGUAAACCUAAUCAAGCCAUAACACAACAACACAUUGCUCAAGUUUUGAAACGAACGUCAUUGCUCCGCCAUCGAUUAUCACUAUACACAACAAAUGGAUUGAAAGAAAAGAUUUUAAAAUUCCAAAGCAGACAGUGUUUGAUAAACAAACUGAAAUCCGUUGCAUCACACCACAACCGAUAUUCCAUACACAGUGUAUUACGAAUUGCUGAGCGUUUUGAUAUACAAAGCUUCCCUGAAGAUGAAUUCAUUAUUUUGCUUUUUUCCGAUAAACAAUUCCGACUCCAGGAUGCACAGGCAUUAACUCAAUUUAGCUCGUAUAAAAAAUGUCAAAAGAUUUUUGUUGUGAAUGUUGGUCAUUCUAAAAAUCCAAUAGUUGGAGAUAUAGAUAACACCGAUGUCAUCAACACAAAAUAUAAUGCAGGAUGGCUCAGGAGAUUACCAUUUGUCACAGAAUUGCCAAGAUGUAAAGAAGGUAGCCAUGUCAAAGACGAAUGCGGAAGAGUUUGUGAAUGUUUUGAUGGUAAACUUGUAAACUGUUACAGAGUUCGCAAGGAGUUCUCCAGCUUGACAUUCGCAGAAAGGGAACGAUACAUAGCAACGUAUAAAAAAGUGUCAACCAGCAGGCAACAUAAAUACGCUUAUGAGAAGUACUGCCAUAUCCAUAAGCAUUACUUCUAUAAAGGAAUUCACAACGCAAGUCAAUUCUUUCCAUGGCAUCGCAAUUAUCUAUUGGGAUAUGAAAAUCUCCUACAAACAGUAGAUUGUCGCGUGACUAUACCUGUCUGGAAUUGGGCAAAAUUUAGUUCGGUUGCUUGGAACGUCACACCUUCAUAUCAUAUUUGGAGAAAUGUUGGUGGCUUUGGUGGUAAUGGCACUUAUGGAAACGGAUAUUGUGUGAUGAACGGACACUUUCAGCUGGGCUCUUGGCAGCCACCGCUAUAUGAAAACACUCGAAACAUUGUCAGUGAAACGUGCAGUCAAAAUAAAAAAUGUAUGAGACAUUGUCUGCAAUACAUAAAGUGUUUACGACGACGAUUCACAUGUACCCCUCCGUCCUACAAAUUAGUUAAAAAGAAUCUUAGAUUCAGUCCACAUCAAUUUUAUAGAUUCGAUUUGAUAAUUCGUUCAAGCUAUCACAAUAAAGUUCACAAUUGCGUUGGUGGUCAUAUGCAAACAAUUUUUGCUUCAAGUGCUCCUGAGUUUUGGGGUCAUCAUGCAAUGCUAGACAGUAUUUGGGAUGUGUGGCAACAAAAAGGUGAAGAAUACAAGUGGGCUGCGUUCACAGAGAAAGACGCCUUCUUGUAUGGCUUCAAACAGACGAAAAGAAGUUUGUACAUCGAUAAUGAUAAUUUAGCAGGCUGUGGAAUAAAAAUCAAAUAUGAAAUAUUCGAUAUGAAAGAUUUGAUUGAAGAUGAAAAUAACUUCGAGGAACCUGAAGAUUUUGAUGGAGAAGAGGAAUUCCCAAGCCGAAACAGUGCAUUUCAAUUUGACGAAAAUGGAGCAUACAAAGUCAGUGAUGAAGAAUUCCAGGAAGAGAAAGACUUUCACGAUUCGAACUUGUAAUUGUAAAAAAUAGAAAAAGGGGUGACAUAGAUGGUUACGAGAAUAGAUUAUUGUAAACUGGGAAA